CAGCUCGCGACAGUUUCAGAGCACUGUCAUGAAAAAUCUGGGAUGCUUUCGGGUCUAGUUAUCAACUCUGUGAAUGAGGCAGAAAGAAAACACGUCUACCACUCAGGCAUAGGAGUGUCUAGCUCAAGUGUCUUACUACUUCCAGGUCCCCCAAUUUACUUGUUUCCUGGGUUCUUAGAAGUGAUGAAGCAAACGCAGAAAAUAGGGCCUAAGCCUAUUAAAGACGUGCUUCCACCGGCGGGUCCUAGGCCAGGAGUCUUAGGGUAUAAGUACAUCUGGGAGAAUGGAGUCCUGGUCCUUUAAGGGUGUGUGCCAAGGGGCGGAGUCUAGAGCGGAAGUUGUAAAUCAGGGCUGAAGUCCGGCUAAUGAAGGGCGGAAGUGGAGUGUCCAGGGUUGUAAUUAUGGCGCAGGAAGAGGAAGAUGUUCGAGAUUACAAUUUGACUGAAGAGCAGAAGGCAAUCAAGGCCAAGUAUCCUCCAGUCAUUCGGAAAUACGAGUAUUUGGAUCAUACGGCAGAUGUCCAGUUACAUGCAUGGGGAGAUACUCUGGAGGAAGCAUUUGAGCAAUGUGCAAUGGCCAUGUUUGGUUACAUGACAGAUACUGGGACUGUGGAGCCCCUCCAAACACUAGAAGUAGAAACCCAAGGAGAUGACUUAGAGUCUCUUCUGUUUCACUUUUUGGAUGAGUGGCUUUAUAAGUUCAGUGCUGACGAAUUCUUCAUACCCCGGGAAGUGAAGGUACUUCAUAUCGAUCAAAGAAAUUUCAAAUUACGGUCAAUUGGGUGGGGAGAAGAAUUUUCAUUGUCCAAGCACCCUCAGGGCACUGAAGUCAAGGCAAUAACGUACUCAGCAAUGCAGGUCUAUAAUGAAGAGAAGCCAGAAGUUUUUGUGAUCAUUGACAUUUAAGAUGCAAAAAAACAAGAAAAACCCCCUCCUAUGAAGAACUGUUUUUUCUCUUCUUUUUAAGAAGAUACCAUGAUACCAUGAUAUAAAUUCUACAGUAUCUGUUGAUAUAUGGAGAUUUGCAGAACAGAACUUUUUUUUUUUUAGUGUUUGUUUAUUUUCGAACUAGAGAGAGUGUGAGUGGAGAAGGGACAGAGAGAGACAGACAGAAGAUCCGAAGUGGGCCCUGCACUGACAGCACAGAGCCCGAUGUAGGGCUCAAAUUCAUGAACCACAAGAUCAUGACCUGAGCCAAAGUCAGACACUUAACCAACUCAGCCACCCAGGCGCCCACAGAACAGAACUUUUUAACUUAAAGUGUGACUUUCAGAAAUGGAACAUCAAGGUGCAGGUUUGGUCCGUGUUACGCAAAUACUCAAACUUUAAAGAAUUCUUCAGGUGGCAAGUAUGGCUUCUCAUCUCUUAGUCCCCUGCUGUAGUAGCACCCUUCUAGCGAAACGUCCUGCCUGGUCCCCAGAGGGACCAACGGUGUCAGCAGCAGCCCAGGAUACUCUGAACCUUCCAUAGUCUUAUCGAAUUCAAUUUGAAAAAAAAAUAAUAUAAUUUGAGAAAUCCUCAACCAGGACUUUGCUUUUUUCUGAAUUGGUUAACACAUAUAUUUUCUAUAUAUACAUUAAGAGAGGUUUUGUUUUAGAUUUCCUGUGGGACAGAGCCAUCCUGUAUGCCACUCGGUUUUCUUAGAAGAAAUAAUUAUAGUUGGAACAUUUGGAAGACUUCUCUAGAAAGAGUCCUGAGUUUCUCUCUUUCUCACUAUUUUAAAGCACUAAUGUAUGGACACUUUUCCUAUUUUCUCGUAAGAACAAGUCAGUGCCCUUACAAAUGAGCCCCUUCCAGGAGUGCCUGGGUGGCUCGGUCAGUUAAGUGUCAGACUUCAGCUCAGAUCAUGAUUCUCGCUGCAGUUCAUGGGUUCAAACCUUGUGCUGGGCUCUGUGCUGACAGCUUGGAGCCUGGAACCUGCUUCAGAUUGUGUCUCCCUCUGUCUCUGCUCCACCUCUAGUCUCACUCUGUUUCUUUCUCUCUCUCAAAAAAUGAAUAAACAUUAAAAACAUUUUUAAAUAAAAAAAUGGGCCCUUCUAACGUGAUUUUAUAUUAAAGCCCAUAUAUUUAUACAGUUGGAGAAGAAAACUGUUUUACAUUUCUUUGUGUUUUUCUAAGUUCUUCAUUGUGGAAAAAAAACACGUUAAAAAUGAUCUAAACUUUUCAAAGUAGGUAAUGUAAUGAAACUGCUUCUGUUUGAUUUGCAACAUUAUGCUAUUCUCUGUUCAUUGAUUGAGGUAUUUGUUGCCACCACAAGAAUUUGCAAAGUUGCUAUUUAUUCGCACAUACAGGAGAAAAGAUUGCCACUGGGUGGUGCCAGAUACCAUUACGGCAUGCUAAACUUGACCUAAAACGAAAUGGUGAGCUUCCGAAGUGUUCUCAGCACUGUAUCUUUUGCUAGCUCUCUAGAAAAUAGAGCUAAUGGAGACUAGGCCAAGAGUCUACCAUUUGAAUAGUAGUUCUUGCAGUGAAUACGUAGCAGGAUCACUGGGGUGGUGUUUCUUCCCCUUCUUUAUUUUGAGGUACAUUUUGUUCAUUUGAAUUGUGGCCCUCUAAGCAAAAACUGUCUAGAAGAACCUCUCUGCCUUUUGUCAGGAUGAAUUUCCAGGCUAACCUAGGUCCCUUUUUUUCAUGGACCCCUUUGUAUAUCAUGUGCUAUUUGGGACAUUGAUUGUGAAAACGAGCAGCGGGAUAUUGUGAGUCCAGUGGAAGAGCUGAAUCCAGAAUAAGAGCUCUUGGGAUGUAUUAAGCCAAGUAGGGUAUAGUCUUGACUGGGAAAAAAAACGGGUAACCGCACCUCUUACCACCAGUGCUGUGUAAUGGGGUUCAGUAAAAGCAAGUCAGUUUUAAUUACACAAUAUGAAUUCUAUUUCCUUUUAUUUAUAAUAAAUUUAUAAUUAACUAUUUUAUGUGAAUUUUAAAAUGCAGUUUGUGGGGUGCCUGGGUGGCUCAGUUGGGUAAGUGUCCGACUUCGGCUCAGGUCAUGAUCUUGCGGUCCGUGAGUUCGAGCCCCGCGUCGGGCUCUGUGCUGACAGCUCAGAGCCUGGAGCCUGUUUCAGAUUCUGUGUCUCCCUCUCUGUCUGUCCCUCCCCCAUUCAUGCUCUGUCUCUCUGUCUCUAAAAUAAAAUAAACGUUAAAAAUAAAAUUAAGUUAAAUGCAGUUUGUGUUAGGGGUGCCUGGGGGGCUCAGUCAGUUGAGCGUCUGACAUCGGCUCAGGUUAUGAUCUCACAGUUUGUGAGUUUGAGUCCCAUGUCGGACUCUGUGCUGACAGCUCAGGGCCUGGAGCCUGCUUCGGAUUCUGUCUGCCCCUCUCUCUGCUCCUUCCCUGCUCACACUCUGUCUCUCAAAAAUAAAUAUUAAAAAAACUUUUUCUUUUAAAUGCAGUUUGUGUUCAUUUUUAAAUAUGCCAAAAUGAAGAUACUCAGUGGAAGGAAAAUGAGUAUGUUACCUUUGUGUGUGAAGUUGGCAUUCUUGACCCAGCAGCAGCACACAAUUUAUUUGUUCAUUUUUGUUUUUUUAUUGAGAUGGUCGUACAGUCUCCCCCCCACCCCCGACUCUUUUAGUUUCAGCUAUGUCUUGGCCUCGGGAGCAUAUUUUUCUCCUACCGUAUAACAUUCCCACUCAUUGUCACUUUUGUGUCUUAUUCUCCUAUCUGGGCUGUCUUGCCCCUUUCCGAAAACAUGAACAGCACAUCCAGUGCCCAAGGAGUCACAGAAGUAAUGAGAGUGAACUGUGGGUGUUUGGCUGAAGAUUUAUGCAGUAGCUAUGGGGGCAGCUGCCUCACAGCUCUUGCCCUUAUUGCUACUGUGAAUACAGGCCUAGUGCUGCACUUUUCGUGACACCUCACAAUUGGGAUUUUUAUCUGAAAGUCCCAAGUUUGGGGAAAGAAGAAAAAAAAAAAAAACACUACAGAUCAUCACAAUGGGAAAA